AUGCCUCUCGAAAACAUUCGCAACAUCGUCCUCGUCCUCUCCGGCAAAGGCGGAGUUGGAAAAUCGAGCGUGACUACGCAACUCGCCCUCACGCUAUCGCUACAAGGACAUUCGGUCGGUGUCUUGGACAUAGAUUUGACGGGCCCGAGUAUACCGCGCUUCUUCGGUAUUGAAGAUGCGAAAGUAAGACAGGCGCCUGGUGGGUGGAUACCGGUUGAUGUGCAUGGGGAGCAGACGUUGGCGGCACAUCAGAAAGAGGGAGAGGAUGGGAAUACAACAGAUCAGAAAGAGGGAGGAGCGGCGGCUGCAGAUGGUCAAAAGAUUGGGUCGUUAUCAUGCAUGUCUCUGGGAUUCAUCCUGGCUUCGCGCUCCGACGCUGUGAUUUGGCGUGGCCCAAAGAAGACCGCCAUGGUGCGCCAAUUCUUGACCGACGUCCUCUGGCCAAAGCUCGAUUAUCUACUCAUUGAUACACCACCCGGUACCUCGGACGAACAUAUCUCCCUACUCGAAACUCUCUUGAAGAAUACCACGCCGUCUCCUGCCCUCAACCCGCACGUCCCGUUCUUGGCCGGCGCCGUCGUAGUCACAACCCCACAAGCUAUCAGCGUUAGCGACGUGAAGAAGGAACUGAAUUUCUGCAAGAAGACCGGAAUUAGGGUACUAGGCGUGGUAGAGAACAUGGCAGGAUUCGUAUGCCCCAACUGUUCGGAAUGCACAAAUGUCUUCAGCAAGGGCGGCGGAGCGGUCAUGGCGACUGAGUUCGAAGUACCAUUCCUCGGCUCCGUACCAAUUGAUCCAGCGUUUGUGGAAUUGGUCGAGAGUGGGACGAGGCCUGUAUACCCCAAGGGUACUGUCAUACAGGGCAAAGAGUUGGACACCGAAGAGGUUGCGGCGCUGAAGAACAAAGGCGGGCUGUUUGUAGAUAAGUACCGGGACUGUUCGUUGGCGCCGCUGUUCGACGAGUUUGUGACAAGGUUGAAGGGGGAUAUCGGAAGGAUUGUAUCCCACGUCUCAUUGGUACCUCUGGCUCCUUUCUCUAUAGAGCAAACGCGCAGCUAUUGGCUCAGAGGUUGCAAGAUUGCCGAUACUAUGGACGCCGCGAGCAAUCACGCCACAUCGCCAGACCCUCAUCCUACCGCGGGCAGUCCGCAUCAGAAGAUUCCGACACCAGUUCAAGAACAGGAUCAGAGGAAGAGUCCUGAGACCAAAUCACGUCAAGGACCUGGCAAUGGUGCAGACCAACUCCCGAAAGGUGACUCUGUUCCUAUCACAGUCAACGGCAACGAGAUUCUGACUUCUGAAGAAGAGCCGAAUCCAAGCGCAAAACCGCAAUUCAUGGUCAAGCUGAAGUACAGUACCAAGAUUCCUGUGACUUCUCCGCAAGGUCACCGAAACAUCAGUAAUGCCUCUUCUACUUCCCCGGACUUGCGCGCAACUCCGGAUGAAUCAGCUGAGCCAUCCAUCGAAAUCGCCAUUGUCAAGCAGGAAGUCGAAGACCAUGAAGCUACCGCACCUGGAAGUCCAAACUCGACCUCGCCACAAGUCAAGAUCGAGAAACAGAGCGAUGAUCAAGACUCAGCCCUGAAGCCCCUGAAUGAGCCCACGGGAAGUUCGGGUCAGUCCAUCAUGGUCAAGGACGAGCCUGAGCACGGUGCACAUGAAAAUGUCGACGAUCGAAGUCAGGACCUGAUUAGGGAUGCUAUGAGCAUUGAUGGUCAACUUGGCGACGAGUCAAUACAGGUCUCGAUCGAACAUGACACUUCUGGCAAGUCCUCGGAUGCUCUCGGUAUCCAGGCUGCUACAUCUGAACCCGAGAACUUGAAGGGGGCUGCGGCCGUGGAGGUGCAAGGUGUCGAUGACGUCAACGGCGGCUAUCAGCAGAGCGCAAACGGACCAUCGAUCGCACCUGAUAACGACUUGUCGUUUGUCGCCGACACCAACAUGUCUUACCCCUUCGAUGUAGACGAGUGGGCCUCCAACGCCGCGAACCAAGCCGAGGCGGACGCAGCCAGCGGAGCCCGACAACACCAACAUUAUCAACCGAUCGACCAUCAGGCCAUGUCAUCCGAUUUCACAUAUGGCACGACCCGGAUGCGGCCAGAAGAUCCAAUUGAUCAAGAAUCUCUGGCCUUUCUUAGUGGCGAAGCUGAAGCUGGGGUACCGUGGAGUCAACGUCAACACGUAUUUACGGAUCCAAUUCGCUUCACCAAGUCUAGUUCACCCUCUUCUGGAAGCGCACGUGCACUUAACCCGGCUGCCAUCUUGAAAGGUCUUGCGCAGUACGGAACACAUUCACCUCGUCAUGGGUCGCAACAGCCCGCUAGUCAAAACCGCCAACGCGAUCUCGACUCUAGCUUGAAGCGCCAACAAGAGCUUAAGGUGCAGGUUGAGGAGAAACAAAGACAGUUGGAUCAGUUCAUGAAGAUGCAAGCGGGGCCUCAGCGAUCGACUCGGCAGGUACCUUACGAAUCUGCCCAUUAUCAUGGCCAACCAGCUGCUGUACCUGCGUUCCUCACUGGCCCAAUGAGCUAUCAACGUGCUUCAUCGAGGGGCUAUCAGCAGAUGGAUUACGGACAGAACAGCUCGGAUAACUGGAUACCAGAACAACGUACUCCCCAGGUCACCCAAAAGGUACGAAAGCAAGUCUUCGGUGAACACGACUGUGGCGAUGAAGGCAAUGCUUCCGAUGACGAUGAGCCGCUUCGGACGCGGGUGGAGCGUCACCCAUCAGUCACUAGCCUGAAUGACGACUCAAGCGUCGAGUUCGUCGCGAGUAAUUCCAAACCCAAAAGCAGUGGACCUAUUGUCGACCGGAAGGUAGUGCGCAUGCCACGCCCUCUUCCUCAGCCUGCUUCCCCCUCUCCCACACCCACGGAGAACGCGCCACCUUCCUCCGACGACAUCCAAGAAAUUGAUUGGACGCUUCCCCGAUAUGAAAUGCAACGCCAGCCUCUCGAGAAAGGCGAAGAGAUUCCUAGCGCAAAGGUCUCACUCCCUGGUAUGGUCCGCGAAGAAGUUCUCCUCUCCCCAGACCACGCAGACGAAGAAGCCCGCCUACUGAUCGAUGUCUUCAUCCCCGGUCAGCAAGCCAUGUCAUCACCAGACCCAGAGCCCGCCGUCGCUCUUCUGAACUUCCACACUAUCACUCUCAUGGUCAUAGAAGCGUACGUUCAGUUCGAAAUCGGCGACGAGUUCGGCAUGGGGCGCGGCCACUUCCACCAAGAUCACAACCGUGGCGAAGAGGACUACGAGCGCAUGCGCGACGCCGUCGACGCCGACACUAACGAGAUCUUCUUUGCCGUCGUAGACCGAUACCGAGCAGGAUUGGAGAGCAAGAAGAAGCCGCUACAGCUCAUCCGGGGUACGCAAGAGUUCUGUGACGUGGCGCUUGAUGUGAUCUAUUACAUCAAGCAACAUGGACUGCUGAAGCCAGAACCUAAGGCCAAGAAGGUUAGGGCUGAUAAGGGAACUAAGCGGGGGCCUCAGGCGAAGACUGCGGCAGCUGAAACUGCGGCGAAGGGUAAGGGCAAGGGAACUAAGCGGGGUACGGCGGCCAAGCCGAAUGAGGUGCAGCCUAGGAAGAGGGUGAAGACUGCGCCCGCGGUCGAGGUCAAGAAGAAGAAGAGGAGUAAGCCGGAGCCGGCUCUUACGGUUAUAAAGAAGUGA